AAGUCUGCGAAAACUAACCUAGCAACACUUUUACAAACGCCUGUCCAUAUAGAUCGAGAUAUAUUUAAUCUGUACAGACAGUGUGUAUCAGAUAGCGUUACAGUUCAAACUGACAUUACCAGAUACGGAUUACUUAUCUGUCAGUAUGAGAACCACAGACACAAUGUCCACAGACAUGAGAGAGGUGCUCCUGGAGGUGUACGUCAAUAACGCCUUCUACUUCGGUGACAGCUACUGGGCAUCAGAUGAUAAAGAUGUGCAGCUGGAGUUUGAGAUCACCGAUGACAUCUACGACCUUAUCAGCAGUGCAUCUCGAGAGUUAGAUGUGCAGCUGGAGGUUGUGACAGUGGAUCAUGUCUCAGGCAGAUACUGCAGUCCAGGAGAGAUGCGUGUGCAGCUGGAGGUUAAUGCUAGUGACAACAUCUCAGUCUGUGAAGUGAAAGAUUUGCAGCUGGAGAUGAACAGGAACGACAGCAUCUCAGAGCUGAAGAGUCCUACGCUGGUCUCUGAAGAUCUGAGCGACCCAGCAGGACCUUCAGUGGAAGAGGCCAAUGAUCAGGGUGUCCUGGAUGCUGAGAACAGUCCAACAGGACUCACUGUUGGGGAGAUAACGAAGAAAAUGGGGGCAAUCUUCCAGCAAAUUUGGGCAGUUUUCCAGACAAAAAUGCCAGAAACUGUUGGGCAACCUGAAGUGGAUCUUCUCGAUCCAAAGGAAUCAUUUGUUCAAGAUCUAAGUGCUCCCAAGCCAGAACCUGAAUUGGAUCUGUUAGAUACAGAGCAAUCGUGUAUCCCUGAACCUGAAGUGGAUCUUGUUGUUCCUUCUGAACCUAAACUGCAUCUGGUUGAUUCAGAGGAAUCAUGUGCCAGCCCAAAAGAAACUACCAAAGCCAUGAAGAAUAAGAAGGUUCGUGGCUUCGUUGUAACCAAGAGAGUAGAAUAUGCUACAGUGAAGAAUAUGAAAAAAACCUUCCUCCAGAACGACAGAUCGAACUCAGCAUGGCCUGAGAUGGAUCUGAAUGUUCGUGAACCAAAACCUAUUGAGGAUUUGGUUGCUCCUCCUAAAUGGGAUCUGGUUGAUGCAGUGGAACUGUACACUUCAAGUCCUAGCGUUCCUGAGCCGGACUCUGAGGAGGAUCUGGAUGAUCCUCUUGAACGUGAAUGGGAUAAGGACUCGAUGGAAUUAUAUGCCCCGGGUUCAAGUGUCCCUGAGCCAGACCCUGAAGAGGAUCUGGUUGAUUCAGUGGAAUUGUACCUCCCAGGUCCAAGCGUUCUCAAGCCACGACCUGAAUGGGAUCUGGCUACUCCAGUGGAUUUGAGUGCACCAAGUCCAAGCGUUCUUGAGCCAGAGUCUACAGUGUUAUCUGAACUUGCAAGUUUGGAAAACUACGUCCCUUUAACCAUGCUCCAACUAGAGGAUCGUUUGAAGCAGUGUACACUGCUCAAACAAAGACAUGUCACCACUGUCUGGCCCAGGGUCUUCAUCGGAGACGAAGAGACCGCAACAGACCGAGAUAUGCUGCAGGAGAUGUGCAUCACUCACAUUCUGAACGCUGCAGCGCCCAAAAAGGACUUGAACUACUUCUUGGGAACAUCUUAUGUUGAAGAUCUAGAAGGAACAGUCAAUACAGGGUCCAGAUAUUACAGAGGCUUGCACAUCAAUUAUUACAGCUUGCCUACAAUGGACAGACACUGUUCUGACAUCAGCAAGUGCUUCAUGCCAGCUGCAAAAUUCAUUGACAAGGCCGUGAAUAAGCCAGGGAGUAAGGUGUUGAUUUGCUGCAAGCAGGGUGUUGACCACUCUGCGACUCUGUUUCUGGCAUAUCUGAUGAUCUGCCAUGACAUGAUGGUGGAGGAUGCCAUUGAUCACGUCAUAAAGUCGAGACGCAUCCAGCCCUCCAGAGACUUCCUGAAGAAGCUGAUGCUCCUCAAUGCUGACCUUGUGAACAAGCGAAAACUAAAGCUAGAGGACAUAAAAAAAGGCAAAAAGAGGAGAAAAUGGCAGCUAAAAAAAAGUGUAGAAAUAAUCGAGAUAUAUUUAAUCUGUACAGACAGUGUGUAUCAGAUAGCGUUACAGUUCAAACUGACAUUACCAGAUACGGAUUACUUAUCUGUCAGUAUGAGAACCACAGACACAAUGUCCACAGACAUGAGAGAGGUGCUCCUGGAGGUGUACGUCAAUAACGCCUUCUACUUCGGUGACAGCUACUGGGCAUCAGAUGAUAAAGAUGUGCAGCUGGAGUUUGAGAUCACCGAUGACAUCUACGACCUUAUCAGCAGUGCAUCUCGAGAGUUAGAUGUGCAGCUGGAGGUUGUGACAGUGGAUCAUGUCUCAGGCAGAUACUGCAGUCCAGGAGAGAUGCGUGUGCAGCUGGAGGUUAAUGCUAGUGACAACAUCUCAGUCUGUGAAGUGAAAGAUUUGCAGCUGGAGAUGAACAGGAACGACAGCAUCUCAGAGCUGAAGAGUCCUACGCUGGUCUCUGAAGAUCUGAGCGACCCAGCAGGACCUUCAGUGGAAGAGGCCAAUGAUCAGGGUGUCCUGGAUGCUGAGAACAGUCCAACAGGACUCACUGUUGGGGAGAUAACGAAGAAAAUGGGGGCAAUCUUCCAGCAAAUUUGGGCAGUUUUCCAGACAAAAAUGCCAGAAACUGUUGGGCAACCUGAAGUGGAUCUUCUCGAUCCAAAGGAAUUAUUUGUUCAAGAUCUAAGUGCUCCCAAGCCAGAACCUGAAUUGGAUCUGUUAGAUACAGAGCAAUCGUGUAUCCCUGAACCUGAAGUGGAUCUUGUUGUUCCUUCUGAACCUAAACUGCAUCUGGUUGAUUCAGAGGAAUCAUGUGCCAGCCCAAAAGAAACUACCAAAGCCAUGAAGAAUAAGAAGGUUCGUGGCUUCGUUGUAACCAAGAGAGUAGAAUAUGCUACAGUGAAGAAUAUGAAAAAAACCUUCCUCCAGAACGACAGAUCGAACUCAGCAUGGCCUGAGAUGGAUCUGAAUGUUCGUGAACCAAAACCUAUUGAGGAUUUGGUUGCUCCUCCUAAAUGGGAUCUGGUUGAUGCAGUGGAACUGUACACUUCAAGUCCUAGCGUUCCUGAGCCGGACUCUGAGGAGGAUCUGGAUGAUCCUCUUGAACGUGAAUGGGAUAAGGACUCGAUGGAAUUAUAUGCCCCGGGUUCAAGUGUCCCUGAGCCAGACCCUGAAGAGGAUCUGGUUGAUUCAGUGGAAAUGUACCUCCCAGGUCCAAGCGUUCUCAAGCCACGACCUGAAUGGGAUCUGGCUACUCCAGUGGAUUUAAGUGCACCAAGUCCAAGCGUUCUUGAGCCAGAGUCUACAGUGUUAUCUGAACUUGCAAGUUUGGAAAACUACGUCCCUUUAACCAUGCUCCAACUAGAGGAUCGUUUGAAGCAGUGUACACUGCUCAAACAAAGACAUGUCACCAAUGUCUGGCCCAGGGUCUUCAUCGGAGACGAAGAGACCGCAACAGACCGAGAUAUGCUGCAGGAGAUGUGCAUCACUCACAUUCUGAACGCUGCAGCGCCCAAAAAGGACUUGAACUACUUCUUGGGAACAUCUUAUGUUGAAGAUCUAGAAGGAACAGUCAAUACAGGGUCCAGAUAUUACAGAGGCUUGCACAUCAAUUAUUACAGCUUGCCUACAAUGGACAGACACUGUUCUGACAUCAGCAAGUGCUUCAUGCCAGCUGCAAAAUUCAUUGACAAGGCCGUGAAUAAGCCAGGGAGUAAGGUGUUGAUUUGCUGCAAGCAGGGUGUUGACCACUCUGCGACUCUGUUUCUGGCAUAUCUGAUGAUCUGCCAUGACAUGAUGGUGGAGGAUGCCAUUGAUCACGUCAUAAAGUCGAGACGCAUCCAGCCCUCCAGAGACUUCCUGAAGAAGCUGAUGCUCCUCAAUGCUGACCUUGUGAACAAGCGAAAACUAAAGCUAGAGGACAUAAAAAAAGGCAAAAAGAGGAGAAAAUGGCAGCUAAAAAAAAAGUGUAGAAAUAUACUAAAAGAUAUAAAAGAAAAUGUGCACAUAUAGAUAUGUGAAUAAAAUUAAUGGAUAAUGUCCUGAUAAUGAA